AGAUUUAUAACAAGCACAGCCCUGUUCAGAGUCUCCAUGUUGUCCCAUCUAGAUGAAACUGAUCUGAGAAGAAGCUGGGGACAUUCUGUUUGGGCUGUGCUUUUCCAGUAAGCUUUUGACUCUGAAAAAGGCAGGCGUGUAUCCUUCAAGAAGCAGAGAGGUACAGACUAAAUGGAUCUAAAGACAGCAGUGUUCAAUGCAGCUCGUGAUGGCAAGCUGCGGCUCCUUUCCAAGUUACUGGCAAGCAAAACAAGAGAAGAGGUAGCCCUACUGAUGUCAGAGAAAACCAAUGGUGCCACACCACUUCUGAUGGCAGCCCGUUAUGGUCACCUUGACAUGGUGGAAUACUUGUUGGACCAUUGCUCUGCGUCAAUAGAAGUUGGUGGUUCAGUGAAUUUUGAUGGUGAGACCAUUGAGGGGGCUCCACCAUUAUGGGCAGCAUCGGCGGCUGGCCACUUGAAGGUGGUUCAGUGUCUGUUAGAUCAUGGUGCAUCUGUCAACAAUACAACUCUGACAAAUUCAACGCCGCUUAGAGCUGCCUGUUUUGAUGGUCACCUGGAAAUAGUAAAAUAUCUUGUGGAGCACAAAGCAGACCUGGAAGUAUCAAACCGUCAUGGGCAUACGUGCUUGAUGAUCUCAUGUUACAAAGGCCACAAAGAAAUUGCUGAAUAUUUACUUGAAAAAGGAGCUGAUGUUAACAGAAAAAGUGUUAAAGGAAACACUGCGUUACAUGACUGUGCGGAAUCUGGAAGUUUGGAGAUCAUGAAGAUGCUUCUCAAGUAUUGUGCUAAAAUGGAAAAGGACGGUUAUGGAAUGACUCCCCUUCUGUCGGCUAGUGUGACAGGCCACACAAAUAUCGUGGACUUUCUGACCCAGCAUGUACAGACCAGUAAGGCUGAGCGCAUAAAUGCUCUGGAACUUCUAGGAGCAACAUUUGUGGACAAAAAGAGAGAUCUGCUUGGUGCUUUGAAAUACUGGAAGCGAGCUAUGGAAAUGAGAUACAGUGAUAGGACUAAUAUCCUGAGCAAGCCUGUGCCACAAACACUAAUUAUGGCGUAUGAUUAUGCUAAAGAGGUAAACAGCUCAGAAGAGCUAGAAAAUCUUAUUGCAGACCCUGACGAAAUGAGAAUGCAAGCACUAUUAAUUAGAGAACGUAUUCUCGGCCCUUCUCACCCAGAUACAUCCUACUAUAUCAGAUACAGAGGUGCUGUCUAUGCAGACUCUGGAAACUUCAAGCGUUGCAUCAACUUAUGGAAAUAUGCUUUGGACAUGCAGCAGAGCAAUCUUGAUCCGCUGAGCCCUAUGACAGCCAGCAGUUUACUAUCAUUUGCUGAACUUUUCUCCUUCAUGCUGCAGGAUAGGGCAAAAGGCCUGCUAGGCACUACUGUCACAUUUGAUGAUCUCAUGGGUAUACUGUGCAAAAGCGUUCUUGAAAUAGAAAGGGCCAUGAAACAAACCCAGUGUCCUCCUGAUCCAAUACAGCUGAACAAAGCCCUUUCCAUCAUUUUGCAUUUAAUUUGCUUGUUGGAGAAAGUACCUUGCAGCUCAGAACAGGAGCAUUUUAAGAAACAGACUAUUUACAAGUUUCUUAAGCUUCAGCCUAGAGGGAAGAAUAACUUCAGUCCACUUCACCUUGCUGUUGACAAUAAUACUACAUGUGUGGGUCGCUACCCAGUUUGUAAAUUCCCCUCUCUACAAGUUACUGCUAUCCUGGUGGAAUGUGGUGCUGAUGUAAAUGUCAGAGACUCUGAUAACAACAGUCCAUUACAUAUUGCUGCACUGAACAACCAUCCAGACAUCAUGAAUCUUCUUAUCAAGUCAGGUUCACACUUUGACGCCACAAACUCGCAUAAACAAACUGCUAGUGAUUUGCUGGAUGAGAAGGAAAUAGCAAAAAAUUUAAUCCAACCCAUAAAUCAUACUACAUUGCAGUGUCUUGCUGCUCGUGUAAUAGUGAAUCAUAACAUAUACUACGCAGGGCACAUCCCUGAAAAACUAGAGAACUUUGUUUUGCUCCAUAGAUGAUAGUGUGGAGUCCCAGAGUACUGUUUUUGAAGCACGACUUGGUGACGAUAUUUUCCUUGAGCACUGUUGUGAUACACCAGCGAUCCCUUAGCUUGCUCCAUCUUGCUCUCAGUGGCUAAAGCAUUGUUAGUAUCAGAUCUGCAGAGUUGGUUACCCAGUAUUUAAUAUAAAUAUGCCAUAUAAUAUAUUUUGUGGAUUAUUUAGAAAUGUAAUGCCAUAUUUAGACUCUUAAAAUUGUCUGCCAAAGGCUUGUCUAUUCUGGUCUUAUUUGCCUGUUGGGUGUUUGGGACUGAGUUGAGUAUUUUCCACUGAUGUCUUUUUACUAUAACUGUUAAGUGGAUUUUAUACAGUUGGAAGGUCAUCUUUUUUUGGUUUUGCUUGAGCAUUUCUACUCUUACUCUAUUCUUUUUCUAUGGACUCAUUGCUAAACUGUAUGAGUUGUAUGGACUUGUUAACAUUUGCAACUACCAUAAGUGCUUUUAUCUUCUCUAUGCACUGGCUUAAACAUGACUGUUGUGUGUGAGCAUAUUUCUAUGCAGCACUUGGCCAAUUUCAACUUAAAUGCCAAUUUUGUGUUGCAGUUUGUUUGGAGCUCUUUUGAGAAUGCUGUCUUCAUAGCAUGAUGAAUUUUGGAGUUACUUAUCAGCUCUCCAAACUUGGGUUUGACUUUUUUGACUGCUGUAACUGAGGUUGCUUUCCUUUUGAUCCUCUGGAAAUUUGUCCUAAACUUGGGAGAAGAAAAUCUUGCUUUUUCUCAUCGUAGUCCACUUGAACUUUAAAUCUGAAAAUCGUUUUGUUGCAUUGUGCAGUUAGGGGAAGAGUCCUUAUUAUGUACAACUGACACCUUCCCCUUUGCACUAACGUCUUGCUUGUGCUGGUUGUGUGACUAGAUGUGAAGUUUGCUCAAAGUUUAACCUCAAACUUAAUGAUACACUUUAAUGAGAAAUAGAUCAAAUGUAUGCUGUAGUUUAAAAUCUACAAAUCAACUUUAGCUACAAAAGAAACUAAAGCAUGUUGGUGGCAUGAUGCUUAUCAGUCCAGAUCUAGACGUCAUCUAAUAUAGUAAAUAUCUGUAUGCCAGGGUAUUGGAAGUUCUAUAGCAGUGUCCUUUUUUCUUCAUUUUAAGUAUCUUUAUAAAUACUUGCAUGGAUUUUUCAUCUCUACAAUGUCAGCUGUACUUAACAAAAAGCGGAAGUUCUGUUGUGUAUAUAGCUCCUAAUUAAAGUACCUAUUUUUAUAAUAUUUGCACAACAGCUUAGCUUUUACAACAGAAAGGGCUCUUUUGACUUGAUAAGAAAUCUAUAAAUGAAGAUCAUAAAUGUGAGUGCGAUUCAGGUAAUUAAUAUAAUUCAGCACUUUACUGUUAUUAAUAGUAGAAUUUAUUAUGGCACAUUAGCCCUGCAAAUGUCUUAAAGUGAAAUUCAUUUCUGUUGGAUAGAAUACAGUUUACUUGCAAGUUUAGUGGUCUAGCGUAUUGGAUAUUUUUGACUUGAUAUUUCAUUUCAGUGGUGGGCAGUAAGUGUACCUAUGGAGUUCUUGCUCCAGAAAUUCAACAAGUUGAUUUAGGCCUUUGUCAGUGAUAGAGAUAUUUAGAAGCCAAAUUAAUUAGAUAAAGGUAAAGUUGUUUUAGGAGGGUCUUUUUUAAUACUUAAUUUUUUUUUUUUUUUUAAGUUGAUGUCAGAACAUUUUUGUCAUUUGUGAAUUAAGUUGAGGAAGAAUGUGUCUUGGGAGCAUAUAAGAACAGUUCUUCCUUGCUUUUGGGCUGUUUUGGUGUUCCUGUUAGUGUACAGCGUGGUGCCUACUAGCUUAGCCAUUCUUCGGAAAAAUAUGGGGAUGUUUUUAAACAAAGGUAUGUUGAAAGCAGUGCUGUUUGUGUAUUGCCACUUUCAGACUCUGUAUUUUGAAGCAACUUUCACCUGUUUGUCCCAUGCCAUGUCUACAUUGUAUGAAAUGAUGAGACUGAGGAAACCCUGUUAGUUUCUCUUGCAAAUACACAGGAGUAAAAUUCUAUUCGAUUGGCUGAAUUUCUCUGAUUUGUAAUGAUUAAAACACGUGCCACUCAAGUUGUCAUUUGUGAGAACAUGUAGUUUGAUUUUUUUAAAAAAUUAUUUGGUUUUUUUUAUGCUCUUCUACUACUCUUUAAGUAGGGAUAACCAACAAAUCACACCAUGCUGGAAAUGAUCCACAUUAUAUUUCAAGUCAUAAAAAUAAUUCUUUUUCUAUAGGUCACAGCAAAAGGGAUUUUUUGAGUUUUAUACUCUGGAAUCUGUACUGCUCUUUAGUGGGUUUAGUUUAAAUUUCUGUCUUUAUAACUGUUGAAUAUCCUGUUUAAAAUUAGUUGGACAUUAUUAGUCCAGAAAUAUAAUUGGAAAUACAACAAUUGUUAAUUGCUAGCAAAUUUUUGAAUGGAAAACAUUCCCAAAAGAGAAAGCAUAUCACUAUUAACUAAAUGUAAAUCUAGUGAAAAUUGUUACAAGGAAGGCUUAUUCUGUUAGUUACUCUUUAAAAACAAACCAAUUUAAUAAGGAUGUACUGAUUUAUUGUAUGUAGUGCUGUCUAAAUACCUACCAAUGUGCAUCAGUCCUAAAGUCCUAAAGACUGUCACCUGGAAUUGUAAUUUUUCAUGGUGAUGAGGUUAUCUGCCGAACUCUUACCUUGCCAGAUACUUGGACUUACAUGUCCAGGCAGAUGAGUUCAUGCAUUUAAUACCACUUUCCAUUUAGCCCUGUAUGUUUACAUUACCCUGUUUAAUUUUUCUUAAUUUUAGAACAGAUUGGUACAGAGCCUAUGCUGCGUAAUGAGUUAGGUCUUAGUUCAGGAUUUGCUGAUUGGGAGGGAGGGUUGGGACAGCAGGCCCUGUCUGAGAUGCAUGUGCCACUAAGGUGUGUGCUAAUGAGUAGUAGCAGUUUUGCCCCCUCGGCCCCUGAUUCACACCAGUUUUGUCUCCACUUCUGUAUAGAUACCAACUUUCCAGAUUUUUUUUUUUUUUUUUAAUUCUUGCUCUUGUUACUAUUCAGAGGUGGUAAUAAUAUCAUUUUAGUGAAACACGUUGAUGCUAAAUGCAGUAGUGUUGCUAGCUGGACUCAAACUGUGGUAAUGCAAGGAACUAAAGAGCAUUCAGAACAUAAAGAAUUGUUUUAUUUUUGUCAUAUUUUUCACUCAUUCUUUUCCUGUUCUUCUCUUUUCUUUCUAUUUGGGCUUUUUUUUUCUGAUGAAAUGUAUUGCUCCUGAGCUACCGAUGCAGAAAAAUGUUGAGAACACUGUGGACAAAAUUGUAUGCCCUGCAGGGGUGAUUAAAAUUGAUUAAAUUAUUUACAGGUAUGGCUCCCUAGAGAAAAGACACUGAUACCUCCUUGCUUGUUGACACCUCUGAAAUUGUAUUUUUGGGGGUAGGGGAUAAAUGCUCAAAGCAUUUUUUCUUCUGAUAAUCUUGGGUUUCAAGUGAAAACUGAAAUACUUCAACCAGGAAGAUGAAGAGUAUUCUCAUUUAAAAAAAAAAAGAAAUUUUUUUCUUACCAAAUUCUAAAAUUGUAUUCCUAUUUUUGUAUCACGCUGGUAACAAGAUUCCAGCUGUCUGUGGUGUCUGUUCUGUUUGUUAAGUGCAGUGUAAAGACACUUUCUGCAAUGCAAGGCAACAGUGUGGUUAGUUUUCCAUACAUACUUUACAACAGUCCCUGGGUAGGAAGUAAUUUUGUGUAUUUCCCAAGUCCCCAAAGAGCUCUCUUCUAACGACUGUUUUGCAACUGAUUAAAAUUAACCUCUUUCCAUUUUUACAAAACACUACUUUAAAAAAGGAAUAGAGUGAUAUAGCAAAAUCCUUAAAGGAGGAUUUAUAAAAAGAUAAAAGCCUUAUGAGCUAAAAAUGUGCCUCUCCUUAGUUUUAUAUCAACUGCAAGGUGACAGUGGCAGGAUACGACUGCUCUUGAAAUAGCUUCCUCAUGCUUUGAAAUAUAGGGUGGAAUGCCUGUUAUACUCUAAAAUGUUGACAAACCUGAGUAAGUAGACUAAACACUAAUUUCUACCUUCUGUGACUGCAGUGAAGUCAACUGGUAUUUAAUGCUUCAAAGUAAUUUUGGGGAAAUUGAUGGGAGACAUACUAGACUGCUCCUAUCUCUUGGCUUUGAGUGUGAAAGUAACUGUUGACCCCUCAGUGAGGGCAGAAUGAAAAGCUAUUGUUGGUUUGGUUUUAACUAACGUGUUUGUGUUCCAUUCUAUCACAAAGACUUCCUAUGCAGGGCUAGCUCCGUGUAUGGAAAUAUUGCAGUUUCUUUUUUACGUGAAGUAAUUUAGCUUUAACAGUAAUGUAAAAAAGGAAUAACAAGCAUAUUUCUCGGCUCUUACUCUUUAGGCUCCAAAUGCAGAUUACAUUAAAAAUAUGUUUUGGAGAACA